AUGUUCAAACCAACAGUCACUCGCAAUGCUUUCAAGGCUCUAAACACAGCUCGCGCAGCUGCAGCUUUCACUCGACCCUUGUCUUAUACACCUGCUCUCCACAAGAAAAGCAAUGACCCCUCAAAGGACCCUAUUGAAGCUGCUACGACUAGAGCUCCCGAAGGUGCAUCCGGUGAGCAUGAGGGUCAGUUCGCUCGUACCGAUGAGAGCGUCCAUAUCGAAUAUCCUCCCGAUAGCGAGAUGCCCGCACAGCCCGUUGUCCAGGGCCGUGGAGGUAUGCACUUUAAGCGUACCCUAGCUCAAUUCUCGUUGGAGAAGAAGGUUAGCAUGGUGACUGGUGGUGCGCGUGGUUUGGGUCUUGUUAUGGGACAGGGUCUGGUUGCAUCGGGUUCUGAUUUGGCUAUUGUUGAUCUGAACAAGGACGAAGCUGUGACAGCUGCCCAGUCGCUGAUUGACCAAUUCAGAAAAGAAAACCCCGGUAUCGAGGACACAGACAUGCCCACCGUCACAGCCCACUACGCGGACGUCGCAAACCCAGAUUCAGUAAAUGCCGCCCUAACCGAAGUCCUAUCAAAGCACGGCCAAAUCGACAACCUAGUCACCUCAGCCGGUUUCACAGAGAACUUCGACGCAAUCAGCUACCCCUUCGACCGUAUGCAGAAGCUAUGGGGCGUCAACGUAGACGGAACCUACCUCUUCGCGAUCGGCGUCGCCAAACACCUCAUGGAACGCAAGGCCCCCGGCAGCAUCGUCAUGAUUGGCUCCAUGUCCGGCGCUAUCGUCAACGUGCCCCAGCCACAGGCUCCAUAUAACGCGGCCAAGGCUGCUGUGCGCCAUCUUGCUGCUUCGCUGGCUGUUGAGUGGGCUGGUCAUGAUAUUCGUGUUAACUGUAUUAGUCCUGGAUACAUGUUGACUGCGCUUACCCGCAAAAUCCUCGACGAAAAUCCCCAACUCCGCGAUCAAUGGACCUCUCUUAUCCCUGCUGGAAAAAUGGGUACCCCCGAGGAUUUGAUGGGCGCCGUUACCUUUUUGCUUAGCGAUGCUUCUAAGUACAUUACUGGUGCGGAGCUCCGGGUUGAUGGAGGGUACACUGUCACCUAA